AGGUCUCUCGUUUGCUCGAAGUCCUCUUGUCCUUUUGCAGACUAGGACUGGGGAUAGGGGCGUCUCCUUUAAGGGCCAUGGGGGAGGGGGUGCCGGCCGGGCCUCCUUCCGCCCCUCCCCGGCCCGCACUGCCCGGGGGCCUGGGGGUUUGGGCCUGGUGCCAGCGCAUGCGCCCGUCUGUGGGCGCUGUCCGGUCUGCAAGCGCCGCAAGCGCACAGACAGACUGACCGAUGGACGGACUGGCGGCUGGCCGGACAGACCGGGCAGCGCAGGGAGCGGGGACACGGCGGGAUCGAGACAUGACGGGCCACAUCCAGCAGCCGAGCGGGCGCGGGAACCCCGGCCCUGCUCCCUCGCCUUCUCCGGGCCCUGGGCCAGGACCCGGUGCCUCAGAGCGGGUGGCACUCAAGAAGGAGAUCGGGCUGGUGAGCGCCUGCACCAUCAUCAUUGGGAACAUCAUUGGCUCGGGUAUCUUCAUCUCACCCAAGGGUGUCCUGGAGCACUCAGGCUCCGUGGGUCUGGCCCUCUUCGUCUGGGUCCUGGGUGGGGGCGUGACAGCUCUGGGCUCCCUCUGCUAUGCAGAGCUGGGAGUCGCCAUCCCCAAGUCCGGCGGGGACUACGCCUACGUCACAGAGAUCUUCGGGGGCCUGGCUGGAUUUCUACUGCUCUGGAGUGCUGUGCUUAUCAUGUACCCCACCAGCCUGGCCGUCAUCUCCAUGACCUUCUCCAACUAUGUGCUGCAGCCUGUGUUUCCCAACUGCAUCCCCCCUGCCACAGCCUCCCGAGUGCUCUCCAUGGCCUGUCUGAUGCUCCUGACGUGGGUCAACAGCUCCAGUGUGCGCUGGGCCACACGCAUCCAGGACAUCUUCACAGGCGGGAAGCUGCUGGCCCUGUCGAUCAUCAUUGGUGUCGGCUUUGUUCAGAUCUUCCAAGGACACUUUGAGGAGCUGAGACCCAGCAGUGCCUUUGCCUUCUGGAUGACACCCUCUGUGGGUCACCUGGCCUUGGCCUUCCUCCAGGGCUCCUUUGCCUUCAGUGGCUGGAACUUCCUCAACUACGUCACUGAGGAGCUGGUGGACCCUCGAAAGAACCUACCUCGUGCCAUCUUCAUCUCUAUCCCCCUGGUGACCUUUGUGUAUACGUUCACCAAUGUCGCCUACUUCACAGCCAUGUCCCCCCAAGAGCUGCUGGCCUCCAAUGCAGUGGCUGUGACCUUCGGGGAGAAGCUGCUGGGCUACUUUUCAUGGGUCAUGCCUGUCUCCGUGGCACUUUCCACAUUUGGAGGGAUCAAUGGCUACCUGUUCACCUCCUCCAGGCUGUGUUUCUCUGGAGCCCGAGAGGGGCACCUGCCCAGCCUGCUGGCCAUGAUCCAUGUCAAACACUGCACCCCUAUCCCUGCCCUCCUCGUCUGUUGUGGGGCUACGGCGGUCAUCAUGCUUGUGGGAGACACAUACACACUCAUCAACUACGUGUCCUUCAUCAACUACCUCUGCUACGGCGUCACCAUCCUGGGCCUGCUGGUGCUGCGCUGGAGGCGGCCAGCGCUCCAUAGACCCAUCAAGGUGAACCUCCUCAUCCCCGUGGCGUACUUGGUGUUUUGGGCAUUCCUGCUGGUCUUCAGCUUCAUCUCGGAGCCCAUGGUCUGUGGGGUCGGCAUCAUCAUCAUCCUGACAGGGGUGCCCAUUUUCUUCCUGGGGGUGUUCUGGAGAAGCAAACCAAAGUGUGUGCACCGACUCACAGAGUCCAUGACACGCUGGGGCCAGAAGCUGUGUUUCGUGGUUUAUCCUCAGGGCUCCCCCGAGGAGGAGGAAAAUGGCCCCUGCCAGCCCUCCCCACUGCCCGCAAUGGACAAGUCCUUGAAGUCACAGUGAGAUGUUUGUAGACACCGAAGCAGCUGUUUCUGUUUACAUGUUGUUUAUUGAGGAGGUGUUUUGCAAAAACUUUUUUUUUCUGGAAGAAAGAGAUAGGACUCUUAGAGGCCUGUCCUAAGGAAGCCCUGGUGAUGUGGACACGGCUUCCUGUCUUAGCGCUGCCCUGCUAGCUUUUUCUGAAAAGGCCUAUGAAUAAACAGGGCUGGUUGUU